CACGCACCCAUGGGGAGUCGACCCAGCCUGAUUUACGGAACAUAACCUCAGUAUUUAGUUGUCAUUGAAUACUUUACUCACUCGCACAUUUCUUCCCGCAAGAAAUGUGCGAGUGAAUAAAGUAGCCUUAGUAAAGCCUUGUCUGGCAAUAAAUGUACAGUUACCGCAGUCAAAACUCGAGACACUUUGUACAGCAUGAGACACUUUGUACAGCACGGACUCUGUACACGAGUACGGAGUCCGUACUCGUGUCAAUCGUUGAUCAGCUGAUCUCGACGUCUGCUAUUUAACAUUUGUAUUUUCGUAUAACGUAUAUCGCAGGCGUAUCUUGAAUUGCGUUGUUAAUUGUUUAUCCCAUAUCAGGAUAGAUAAAAGCGGCGAUAAAGUGCAAACAAUGAAUAUUAUUCACACAAUGCAGUGUUCUUGAAACAGAUUGAAAAAUGAAUCAGUCACUGGUUGAGAGACAAACGUAUUAUAACUGAAGUAUUAAAUUUUUUUACAUAUAUUUUGCAAUCAUGUGUAUUUUAUUUAUUUAUCGUGAUCCAGAAGCUAAUGCGGACUCAUAUCGAUUAAUUAUUGCAUCUAAUCGAGAUGAAUUUUUUGCUCGGCCAGCCAAACCUGCUCAUUAUUGGGGAAAAUACCCAUAUUGUUUAGGAGGAACAGAUAUGGAGCCAGGUAGAGAGGGGGGAACUUGGCUGGCGAUAUCAACAAAAGGUCGAGUAGGAGUGACACUAAAUCUACGUGGUGAAACCAGAAACUCAGAUACUCCAGCGGAAGGCCGAGGUUUUCUCAUAACCGAUUAUCUAGUCUCGCAUGAAUCAACUGAAACUUAUUUGAACAAAUUACACAAAAUAAAUCAGGAUACUCAGAAAUAUAAUCCUUACACUCUCGUUCUCAUCGAAUUAAAAGAUUUUCCCAUGAAAAAAGAAAUAUAUUAUUCAAAUAGGACUGCCAAUGUGGCUUGGUUAAGUAGUCGCUUAGAAUCAAAAGGACCGCAGUCAUGCAAUGGCAACAUAUUUGGAUUUGGAAAUAGUCCUGUGGAUCAACCUUACAAAAAAGUUGAAGUAGGAAAAGAAAAGUUUAAAAAAAUUGUCGAAAAUACUUCAGUUACCCAACAAAGUCAUCUCGUGGAAAAUCUUCUGGAUUUCCUUAAAUGGAGAGAGAGGCAUUUACCAGAUGAAAUACUAAAAACUCAAAGUCCGCAGGUUUACCCGGACCUCAGCUCAAUAUUCGUACACUCGGAAAAGGCCGAAUAUGGAACCAGAACACACUCUAUUUUACUAGUUGACGGUUCCGGAAAAAUGACUUUCGUAGAGGAAACUUUGAUGCCAGAUCGAACAUGGAAGACUCAAAACUUCAAGGCCUUUUUAUGAUAAAAUUAGUUGUUAUUCAAGUCAAUUAAAUCAAUACGCUUAGAAAAAUAUUACCUUUAAAUUGAAUGAAAAUAGAUAUAACUUACUUUGAAAAAAAGAGUUAUUUUAUAAUGAAAAAAGA